AUGUCCACCGCUGCUGCUCAACAAAACAAUAACCAAGAACCAGGACUUCAUGGCUCUUGGGUGGAGUUGGAGUUGAAUGGAAACACAGGAGCUCAGGGUGUGGACACCAGAUCGCAAACAUCAGCCGCUGCAGACCAAAUAAAUGCAAAUGCUGGCAUGAGUCAAACUUUACAAGUGGUUCCUGAAAUAGAUGAAACCCUAAUCGGAGGACUAGAACAUGUGCCGUCAUCCUCGUCCAUUCACAAUGGAGACAUGGAGAAGAUCCUGUUGGAUGCACAGCAUGAGUCCAGCCCGAGUAAUUCUUCGUGUGACAGUCCCCACAGGCCACAAAGUCCAGACCAAGAUGAGGGUCAGAUCACUUUUGACGUGGACAUGUCCAGUCCAAGAGUCAGUCAGUCAGAAGAAGAAGAAGGCGCAGACAGAGAGGAUGAUAUACUCAUGAACAAAGAAGUAGAUUGGGUUGCCGAUUGGUCCAGCAGGCCAGAAAACAUUCCACCCAAGGAAUUCCACUUCAGGCACCCCCGGCGUGCGGUGUCCCUCAGUAUGAGAAAGAGUGGAGUCAUGAAGAAAGGUGGCGUAUUCUCUGCUGAGUUCCUCAAAGUUUUCAUCCCGUCACUUUUCAUUUCACACAUCCUCGCUCUUGGAAUCGGGGUGUACAUUGGUAAAAGAAUCGCCACAGCCUCCGCCAGCUCUUACUGA